UCGUGUCACGAAAUCACAUCGUCGGGUACGUGCAUGAAUAAGAUCGCAGUAUAGAAAUAAGUAUACAGUGGUGUAUAGAUUACAGAGAAAACAAAUUCAGACUAUGUAGUGCGGUACUGUAAACUUGUAAACAAUACUCAAAGUUGAAUUUUGAGUAAAUUCAACAUCUACCAUCUUAUUAGCACUCGCUGGUUAUUUCGUUAAAAAUGCGACGUUUGUACGCAUGGAGACCCGUGGGCAGCCCGUGACACUAUUUCAAAAAGUCAAAGUUAACGCGAAUGGAAUAUAGAGCCACCUGGUCGAGGAAACGAGCGAACGAGCCACCUGCUGUCAGGCAGUAGUUACCCUGCAAACGCGAAUAACAAGGAAAUGGGAAGUAGCGUGAAUGUACCCUCAUAAGUGACGUCUGUCACUGAAACACAGAAAUGUAAAUAUUUCGGUUCACCGAAUGCACGACUCAAUCGCGAGUGAGCGAUGCUUCGUGCCAGAUCGCAGAACAAUGUUUGCUCGGAAGAAGCGAAAUUCGUUCAAGAACGAAUCGGCGGAGUCGAGAGACAUUUCGCGGAUCUGUGUACUGUAUUUGCUGCAUAUGCCAGAAAGGCAGCGAGAGUUCGGGACAAAAAUGACGAAGUGUCCAAGGUAAUACAAAGUUACGCUCAGGCUGAAAACAUAAAUCGUUCUUUGAGCAACGGUCUGAAUAAUUUCGCCACAACGUUGUCGGUAAUCGGGGACUAUCGAGAUGCGCGGGUUCAUCGUCUCGACGCAAAAGUUAUUUCGCCACUCUCGCAAUAUUCACUCAUUUGUAAACACGUCCGUGAAGAUGUGAGAAACACUUUUACAGCUCGUGACAGGGAGUUGACGAGGAGAAGUCAGCUCGAUAAGCUCAGAGGGAAAAAUCCCCGAAAUCGACAAUUGAUCUCCGAGGCGGAGUCGGAGCUCAUGAAAGCAACGAUUGAAGUCACCAGAGUCGUCAAAGGUCUCGAGGAUCAAAUCGAUACGUUCGAAAAACGAAAACUACACGAUUUGAAAAAUAUACUCGGUGAUUUCGUAAGAAUCGAGCUCAGUUUUCACACCAAAGCUGUCGAACUUUUGACCAAAGCUUAUCAGGAUAUUGCGGAAAUCGACGAAAUAAAAGAUCUUGAGGACUUUCAAUUAACUCGAGGAGAUAUGACUGGGGAAUUUCGAGAAGUUCUGCACGUCCCCGAAUCUGUGGCCCGCCUUGAGACAGUGAGGAGAGCAUCAUUUCGACAAUCGUAUUCGCUCACAAAUCUGGCUAAUCGCUUUGCCAAUUCUCCCUUGUCGUUAAAAAAAUCUGCUAAUAGAACAGCCGAAUCGCUCGAGUCGAUGAAGACAGGCUUCACAAAUUCAUCGGAAUCUGUACAAGUAGAGGAAUACGACAAAAGCUCGGAAGAAACGGAAUCAGAAUCCACGGUACAAGGAAAAUCAGUGAGAUCACGACUCAAAUCAAUGUGAUACCUAAAACUGCGAUUGAAGCACAUGUUAUUUCUCAGCCAAAAAUUUAUUCGAUUGAAAAUCAUUAAUUUUACCGUGAAAUUAAAAUCUGAAAAUAUUCAGUCAUCCUCAAAACUCACGGAAAUUGAUUCUCAACAAUUACAAUAUUUUUCGAACGAGAUAUUCUUUAACAGAAAUCAAAAAUCACUUUUAUUUCUCAUCACGAGAAAUUAUAUGUUUUAUAUUUUUUUGAACGAUAUUUUUUUUUACAGAUUUAUCUUUUUUAGAUUUUUAUAUUUCUGAAUGAAUCCGUGAAGCAACGGAAACUUGCGAUUUUAGAAAAAUUGUACAUACCACACUUAUUAAAUUUCCACGUUAUUGAAAGAAUAGUUUUGCAAAUGCUGGAUCUCGCUAAAGUGAAAAAUGAAAAAUUCAUUAAAAAUUUUCAAGUGAUUCCGAAAAGCCGAGGAAGCUUUUCCAUACACGAAGAAACAAAAAGAUUGUCUAAUUUUUUGUCGAAUAAUUCUCUGGUUGAGAGGAAUUUCUCAACGAAGUUUCAACAUCGAGUUUCAUUACUCUGCCUAUAUUUGUGACGUUUUGAAAGUGGCUAAAUAUUCUGAGAUGUUUGGUAAUGAGUCUUUUGAUGGAAUAAAAUUCUUGGUCUGAAUAAUAAUGUACCCUCAAUGUGUAAUUUGUCUUUGAAUUAUAGUCAUUGAUAAAUGUUCAAUUUUCUCCUCCAUGACGUCGAUAUUGCAGGGAAUGAUUCCUAUGAACCGAUUCAGUCGCCGUAAACCAAGACACAUUGAGCUUCGCACUGUACCUGCGAUACCCAGCUAUCAAAAGUCCCUCACGUCAUCGAUCAUUCACAGUAUAUCCUACUCAUAAUUUAGUAAAUGUAAUUUUCCUGUUUUUCGGUGAUGAUUUUUCUAUAUCUGUACUAUCAAAAAUCACUGAUUCAUCCUGAAAAAACUGAAUAUGCUCAGAUGUUUUGAAUAUCGCUACGUAGUAAAACUUUUGUUGGAUAAAAUCAAUGCAUAUGUGUAAUUUAUUCUUAAAAUAAAUUAUUUAUCAAUAA